CCUUGGCGUCACUCAACAGGAUUGUCGAAGAUCAAGUGUCAGUGUUGAAAUGAACUCCUUGUCAGCAUGGACGGUGUCUCCUUCAGCUCUACCCUUUCUCUGUCUCGUCUUGGGCACGCAGGCCCAGCAGGCCUUCAGGUCUGAGCCCAGGAACGUCACCGUGCCGAUGGGAGCCACAGCUGUGUUGAGGUGUGAGGUGCUGCGGGCCUCAGGGACUGUGCAGUGGGUGAAAGAUGGCCUCCUCCUGGGACAUCACAGAAGCCUGCCAGGCUUUCCACGCUACAGCAUGAUUGGAAACCCCAAGAGAGGGCAGCAUCAUCUUAAGAUUGAAGCAGCCCAACUGGAAGAUGACGCCCCGUAUGAAUGUCAAGCGGGCCGGUCUGAGAGCAGUCAAGCAAUCAUUUCCAUAACAGCCUGGGUCAACGUACUAAUUCCUCCUUCCAAGGCACACUUGGAGCUGGACAUGGCAACACCUUGGGUAGCAGGGAAGACGUACACCGUCACCUGUAUUGCCACUGACUCAAAGCCCUCGGCUGAAAUCACACUUUAUAAAGAUGAAGUCGAGCUGACAGGUGGAGAGUCUUUCACCAUGUCUGGCUCAACGGAUAAGCUCCUGAACACGCAUGCUCAAGUAACGGUCACUGCUCUGAGCUCUGACAACGGGAGGCAGCUGGCAUGUUAUGCCAAGCACCCCGCCCUUUUACGGCCUGUGGAGACCACAAUGACCAUGAGCGUGUACUUCCCACCUCAGCCUCCAGUUAUUCUAGGUCUGGAGUGGGAGGAAAUCAAAGCAGGGACAAUGAUCAGGUUGGUGUGUGUGUCUCAUGGUGGAAACCCCCUAGCCAAUCUCCACUGGACCAAGAAUGGAGAAGUUCUGUCCACUAUUUGGCAGGAGGACAUUGUGAUGCAGAAGUCCAGCAGUAUCCUCAACCUGAAGAUCACCCCUGCGGACAACCAGGCAGUGUUGUGCUGUGAGAGCAUCAAUCUGGUGUCCCUGUCACCUCUUUCUCUCAGCCGCAAAAUCACUGUGCUCUUUGAGCCUGCAGAGGUGACACUGUUGGGAUCGUUCAAGGCAACUGAGGGGCAGGACUUGAAUCUGACCUGCUACGCCAGCUCCAGUAAUCCCCCUGUCCAGAUCCGCUGGUGGCUGGGCUACAAGGAGCUCAACUCCUUUGUUGUCACUAUGGAAGAGGGAGACAAUGGUGGGAUGACAACCAUGUCCAACAUAACCCACCGGGUCUCCCGGGAGGAGGAUGGGCUGAAACUCACCUGUGAGGCUUUCAACAGGGGAACACACUUCUCCAAGACCCAGAUCUCCAAACUUACUGUGUACUACCCCCCUCAAAAGGUGUGGCUCGAUUCUCCUCCUCAAGAUGUCCCCCUUCGUUCAGGAACAACAGUCCGUCUCAUCUGCUUCUCCACUGGAGGAAAUCCCACUGGGACUCUGACCUGGUUUAAGAAUGGAAAGGCUGUAACUGAUGCACUGAUGCAGACUUCCUUUGAUCGGGGUGUGGCUCGGGAACUGGUCCUGGUCCUGACAGCAAGUGACAACAUGGCUACCUACAGCUGUGAUUCCACAAAUAAGGCAAAGAAGGCCAUCUCUGCAGACACUAAGCUCAUGGUUCACUUUCCAGCAGUAAGUAUCAAGAUCACAACCAAACAGGAGGAGCUACGCAGGGGUCAGAUGCUAACCCUGGAGUGCCAAGUUGGAAGCAGUAACCCAAAAGCCAGCAUCUUCUGGAGAUUGGGCGCACUCAGGUUCCAGGGAGUGGAGCAGUCGCCUACGAAAGCUAAGUUUGGCGGUGUGUCAGUGCACAGUUCUCUUUCCCUGAAUUUAAGCUCACAGCACCACAAUCAGAGGGUAAUUUGCCAGGCCUACAGUCCUGUGUUAGAGGAGGGGGCUUACACAUUCUUCAAACUCCAUGUGCUCUACCCACCAGAGUUCAGCCCCAAGCAGCCAACGCAGGUCCAGGUGGUGGAGGAUGACAUGGCAACCAUCCCGCUGCUGGUCUCAGCUAACCCAGAGGAGGUCUCCUGCAUUUGGCGGCAUCGCGGGAAGAAGCUGGACAAAGAGAAGGAUCCGCGCUUCCAAUGGUCGCUGAUGAUCAAGAAUGUGACGAGGAAAGAUGCCGGACUUUACACUGUGGAGUGUACAAAUGAUGAGGGUGUCAACCAAACCUCUAUCAGGCUGGACGUUCAUUAUGCUCCCAGUGUCAAGGCAGAGAAAGACCCUGUGUUUGUGAACCUGGGGGAAACAGCAGACCUGAUAUGUGUGGCGGAUGCCAACCCCAUUAUAUCUGGCAUGUUCUCUUGGAAAUUGCUGGGAGAAGAAGAGGUGGAGAUGGGAGAGGAGACUCAGGAAGACGAAUCUGGCCUUCUGACCAUCCAUAAUGUGACUCGGGCUCAUGCUGGUCUUUACCAGUGCACAGCCAAUAAUGGCAUAGAACCCCCUGCCACUGUAGAUGUGCAGCUGGUAGUGCAAUUCAAACCAGAGCUUCAGAAAGGAUCCCAAUGGAGUAAGGUAGCAAGUAGAGGAGAUGGCACCACUACAGCUGAGGUAGUGUGUCAGGCAGAAGGUAUCCCUCGUGUCGACUUCUCAUGGGAGAAAAAUGGUGUACUCAUGGACUUUGCAAACCCCAGGUAUGAGAUGCGGACCAUGAGGGAGGGCUCCUUCCACACCAGCACUGUUCGAGUAGUAAAUGUGAGCGCAGCCCUGGACUAUGCUGUCUUCAGCUGCACUGCUCGCAACUCACUUGGGGAAGACAAGCUAGACAUCCAGCUCGUCAGCACAAGUCAUCCAGAUCCCCCUUUAUCAUUUCGCCAAGUCACGGUCACCCAUGACUCAGUCACUCUGGAGUGGAUCCCUGGGUUUGAUGGGGGUUUGCAGCAAAAAUUUCGUAUAAGAUAUCGUUGGGAUCAAUCAGCCAGUUUCCUGUACGUGGACGUCUUUCCUCCCAGAGCAACGACCUUCACUGUCACUGGCUUGCAGCCUGUCACCACCUACAACUUCUCCGUCAAUGCCCUCAAUGCAAUGGGAGAGAGUGGCUAUGCUGACAACAAUGCAGUACUGACCAUCACCACCAAGGAGGAGCCAGAGUUAGAAGAAGACCCAGCAGAUGAUGACUCAGUCUCACGGAGUGCAGGUGGACUGUCUGCCUAUUUGACAGUAGUGUCCACAGUGGUGUUUGGAGUCAUGCUGGUAUGUAAUUCACUGGGCUGCUUCUUUGGAUUGAGGUGGAAAAAGAGGCGAGGCCAGACAGGGGGUAGAGGAGACAGUGCGUUGGAUGGAAAGAAGAAUGAAGAGGAGGGUUCCAGUCAGUCAACUGUAAGCAACUCCAAUAAGUAUGAGAGCAGAGAAAAGAUCAACACUGCAGCCCAGCACACCCUCCUCAUCGACUCUGGAUCUGAAACUGACAGCAACGUCUACGAGAGCUAUGUGCCGGAAAGCUCCCAUUAUUAUUACCCCACCGGUGACUACAUCCCGCCUCUCAGUCCACACGCUGAGGAAACACGCAAGCUUGAUGUCACCCGCCCGCCCGUGGACUGCCACAGCCAUUUGUAUGAAGAUGUAAGAGACGGGGGCCUGUACCAAGACAUCCUGUUUUCCUCUCUUCCUUCCCCUCCACCCUUGUUUGACCACAGAUUCCUCCCUCAAAGGAAUGAGUGGAGAUCAUCAACCUACCCUCAGCGUGGUACUGAGAGAGUGAAGGAGACCAUGGAUGUUCGACAACUGCAGAGGGAUUCUGAUCUUCCCUUCGAACUACGAGGAGAAUUAGUUUAGAAGUGGUCAGCUCAAACAGAUACGCUAUGGUCAACAGUAGUCAUUGAGUACAUAGUUGUACAGCAGAUAUUGACUACAGUGCUAUUUAAUUUAUUCUUUUUGAAUGGUAUCUCAUAAGUCACCGUGGUAGAGCUGGAAUUCUUGUAAAUGUUAUAUAAUACAGUAUUUCACUUUCAAAGCACUGAGUGGACCUAGAGAAAACUAAACAAGCUGAACAGAAGCAAGGUACAAUGGCAGACUGAUAUGAAAAAAAAUAAUUUGAAAGCCUCAAUAACCUCUAUCAAGAAUGAUACUACUGCUAUCCACGGACAGUUUAUACACCUGUUUAUUUUCUUCUCCCUCUGUGAUCUUACUCUAUCCACCUCCUCCCUUGACCUCGCUUUCAUCUUUCAACUUUACCCUCUUUCUUGGAGCCAAGUCAUGCCCCCCCACCCCCAACUCCCGCUUUGUCCUGCAGGGAGACAUGAAUCAGUCAGUUAGAGAUAAAAAUGCACUGACACCGCUGUGGUUGGCGGUGAGGCGGAAGCAGUUCAGAGUCAUGGUGCCACCCAAGCAGACAUCAUCCUUUUUGACCCAUCCAAUGUCAACAUUUUCCAACAUUUAUCCAGAUGAGAACCUGACAACAGUAGCCCGUCCCUCCCCUGUCUGAGUUUCAAACCUCAUGGUUAGUCUGUGGGAAUCCCUACAAAUGGGAUAGUACUGGGUGGUAUUUAGCAUGGUUAUGUCUUCAGGAGGUAAAGCCAUAUCUAGGGCCAAACUGUAAUCCUGUUUUCUCUGGGAUUGAAGUUUAGCUCACAGCAUCAGUGAGAGAGAGAAACCAUGCAGGGAAUUUUUCUCACUGAGGGUGGACAAUCAAAGAGAGAUAGAGACUGUCAGAGAGGGUAAGACUAAGCGGUGACUGUGGCUACGGCUACAAAAAACUCUCCUCUUUUUCCCCUUUUCAAUUUUGUACCAAAUUGUAGUUCAAGAAAAAACUGGUCACUUUACUCCACAGCCUAUAAAAUAAUAAAACUUUUAUUUAUAGAGCACUUUUCAAAAUCAAAGUUGCUUUGCACGGGAUCAGGAUCCUAUGUUUCCAGGGUCCUAUGAGCAUGUGUGUCUCUUGAUAUAAACUGCCACUGUAAGAGAUUGGUACGGGCUAACUUCACAGUUCAAAUUGCAGAAGAAUUUAAGGGACAUGGAAAUUUCAAAUGGUAAAAAUCUGUUCUGCCACGGUGGAUAUAUCGGUCUAAAGUCAAAAAAACUAUUUUGCCUGCAAAUUUGAGGGCAUAUGUUUCAAGAAUUAUAAUAUCAGUAGGCUGUAUAGGCUGUAAGUGGUUGAUUUCAACAUAUUGACUUUUCAAAAGGAUAUUGAGAUGGGGAACAUAGGACUCUGGGAGCAUAUGUUCCUGCUUUGGACAAGACAUCUAAUUCAAAUUAUACAAAUGGUAAAACCAAGUAGAACAGUCUAAAAGAGUCUACUGCCAUGCAGCAUCUCUGUGGAGCUGUACUUAAGCACAGCAGUUCCUUGAGCUUCAUGCUAGCAUCAGCAUGCUAACAUGCUCUCAGUGGCAAUGCUAGCAUUGUGAUGUUUAUCAGAUAUAAGGUGUAACUGUUUCACCAUUUUAGUUUAGCCUGUUAACAUGCUAACUGUUGCUAAUUAGCACUAAACACCUACAACUGAGGCUUUACAUAUAGAUUACAAUAUAAGGUGUCUUCCUGUAUUAUAACAGAGUUUGUGUGAUAUAUGAAAUUGUUUAACUUCAUCAUUUAAUGUUUACUCUGCAGAGAUCAGAAACCCUGAAGAUCUCAAUUUUUUUUAGCUUUUUGUUGCCUUGUUUGUGUGCAAAUAGUCACUGGGCUGUUAUUAUAUCUGUACACAGAGAAGUUAUGCUUGCACCACGUUCCUGUUUCCUGCUUCUGCUUUUCCCACAAGCAAUAUUUGUCACAUAGCAAGAUCAGUCUCAUAGUACACAAUCUCACACAUAACGCAGUCAGUACAGAUGACACAUGUAUAGUCCAGUGAGACACAUGUAAAGACAGAGGUGUAUAAUUUUCAUUUACUGUAUAUUCAC